UGCCCAAAGAGAAUCUCCUUCAGCUCCCUAGGAGGCAGGCUGAGGCCCUCCAGAACCCCAGGCGAGCUAGAGCAAGAGCCGGUAGGGUAGGGUUAUCUGUGUCAGGAUCAUUUCCAGGGGAAUAGUUCUGGCCCCUGACUGGUGAAAAGAGCAGAAGAGGAGAGAGAGCGCACAACUCUUAGCCCAGCCCCACGGGCUCCUUGUGAGCAGACCAAGUUGGAGGAAGGCUCUGUAUUUUCUGCAGCGUUCCCCUUUGCUGAGAUAUCCCUCUCACCUUGGCAGCCAGGCUAAGAAACUGCUCCAGAGUCCCUGCGGAAUGACAACUCUCGUUCCUGUAACCCUCUCCUUCCUUCUCCUCUGGACCCUGCCAGGGCAGGUCCUCUUCAGGGUGGCCUUGGCAAAAGAGGAAAUGAAAUCUGGGACCAAGGGACCCCAGCCCAUGUCCCCCUCUGAUUUCCUGGACAAGCUUAUGGGGCGAACAUCUGGAUAUGAUGCUAGGAUUCGACCCAAUUUUAAAGGCCCACCUGUGAAUGUGACUUGCAACAUCUUCAUCAACAGUUUUGGCUCUGUCACCGAGACUACUAUGGACUAUCGGGUGAAUGUCUUCUUGCGGCAACAGUGGAAUGAUCCGCGCCUAGCCUACCAAGAAUAUCCUGAUGACUCUUUGGACCUCGAUCCCUCUAUGCUGGAUUCUAUCUGGAAGCCAGACCUGUUCUUUGCCAAUGAGAAAGGGGCCAACUUCCAUGAGGUGACCACAGACAACAAGUUACUGCGCAUCUUCAAGAAUGGGAAUGUGCUCUACAGCAUCAGGCUGACCCUCAUUUUAUCCUGCCCAAUGGACCUCAAGAACUUCCCCAUGGACAUCCAGACAUGCACCAUGCAGCUGGAGAGCUUUGGCUACACCAUGAAUGACCUCGUGUUUGAGUGGCUGGAAGAUGCUCCCGCUGUCCAAGUGGCUGAGGGGCUGACUCUGCCCCAGUUUAUCUUGCGAGAUGAGAAGGACCUAGGCUACUGUACCAAGCACUACAACACAGGGAAAUUCACCUGCAUCGAGGUAAAGUUUCACCUGGAACGGCAGAUGGGCUACUAUCUGAUUCAGAUGUACAUCCCCAGCCUACUCAUCGUCAUCCUGUCCUGGGUCUCCUUCUGGAUCAACAUGGAUGCUGCCCCUGCCCGUGUGAGCCUAGGCAUCACUACUGUGCUCACCAUGACAACUCAGAGCUCUGGCUCUCGGGCCUCUUUGCCUAAGGUGUCCUAUGUGAAGGCAAUUGACAUCUGGAUGGCUGUGUGUUUGCUCUUCGUGUUCUCUGCCCUCCUGGAGUACGCUGCUGUCAAUUUUGUCUCUUGUCAGCAUAAGGAAUUCAUACGACUUCGAAGAAGGCAGAGACGCCAACGCAUGGAGGAAGAUAUCAUCCGAGAGAAUCGCUUCUAUUUCCAUGGCUAUGGCCUGGGCCACUGCUUGCAGGCAAGGGAUGGAGGCCUAAUGGAAGGUUCUGGCAUUUACACCCCCCAACCUCCAGCCCCUCUUCUAAGAGAAAAAAAAACCAUGCGGAAACUCUAUGUGGACCAAGCCAAGCAGAUUGACACCAUCUCCCGGGCUGUCUUCCCUUUCACUUUCCUCAUCUUCAACACCUUCUACUGGGUUGUCUAUAAAGUGCUAUGGUCAGAAGAUAUUCACCAGGCACUGUGAAUAGGGUGAAGGCUAGAGAGUGCAGCUGUUGGCUUCCUGCUUCCUCCUGAGUGGGCCUUCUCCCUCCAUUAGAUUCCAUCAGGGGCUUGGGCAAUUCAUUUCUGAUCUCCCACUCAAAACCUCAAUGGCCAAUCUCAAAGCUAUGUGGGUCUACACUGCAUGAUGCCAAUGGUGGCUGUACUUAGAAAGAUGGCUUCUCUGCUCUAAUCUGGUUCUUCUCCUUGUUAUCCUAUUUCUCACAAGAGUAAGAUUUGGCCAUGUUCCUGGGGCAGGGAUGGUAUUCUUCCCUUGCUGGAGCCUCUCUGUUUUCCAAUUCUCCAAUGGAGAAUAUUCAGACCAUUGCUGCUAUAUUCUGGCAUUUGUUAUCUUAACUUGUAUGAUUCUUUGCUCUGCCACCUCCCACCCAGACUGACCUUUACUCUGCCUUCUGUCCCUCCCACCACAGACUCAAAUAAGGAGUCUUUCCCAUCCACAAGUGAUGCCCUGUGUGACCCAGUUUUCCUUGACUGUGGGAGGAAAGCAAGGUGAUAGGUUCCCUACCUCUCAGCAAGGUUGAAACAGUCAUGGACUACUCUGAGGUAAGGCGUUGCUAUAUGACUCAACAGAGAGGUCUUCAAUCUCACAGGAUGCGCAACACUGUCAGAAUUGGGGAAGGAAUCUUGGACUCUCAAAAAAGCCACCAUUCCAGAUCCAUCUGAGCUUCCAGUUCUCAGAAAUAUUUGUUUUAUUCCCUAACUAGUAUGGUGGCAAAGUGUGUUUGGCUUCUUGGGAGUGUAAAAAAAGAAAAAUGCUUACUCUUUAAGAAACUUACUCAACAAUGCUAGAAAACUUUCAAGAAAAGUGAGAUUCAAGGUAGUAGGACCCAGUAGAUGUAAAAUAUAGAAACUAUUCUCAGAGAAUCUUUUGUUGCCUGGGCUUUCAUUUGUUUCUUCUUUUUCUCCAAAGUCUCUUUAUUUCCCAGGACUCCUCAUUUUCUGCUUGCUCCUUAAUCUUCUUUCAGUGAGCAAAUAAUAGUGCCAUCCAACCUUGCCUAGGAUAAAGUAGGCUUCAAGCUUUCUGGAAAGAAACUAGGCAUAUAGAAGACCCCUAUCCUGGACAAAACAUUGGCUCUGCCAACCUCACGGUAGUAGUCGUAAAAGUUAAAGAGUUACAAGUUGUAGUUAUUUCUUAACCCUUCUCUUAUUCCCUUCUCAUUCCACAGUGAAGAAGGGUAGCAGUCAGAGCUACCAGAAAUGUCAGAAUAGAGAAGGUGUGGAAGAGCCCAUUUCAGGCCUAAAAUACCACUGGGACAUGGGGAAGCAUGGGUCUGGUAUUCUGAAUCCUUUCAAGUGACAUGAAUAUGAAGAAUAAAAAGGGAAUAUUAAAGUACAGAGCUAACAGCUGGAAGACAGGUGAUCAAAUGACCUCUUAAAUAUCUUGUCCUUUUCUCUGGACCUAGAAUAAUUAACUAUGUAAGUCCAAUCUUUCUCCCUCCCUCUCCCUCCCUGUUUCCUUUCUCCAUACCCUUUCUUCCCUCCCUCAAUUUGUCAAAAUGGUGUUCCAAAUUGAAAGUCAAUAAAUCUAAUGACCAAAGUAAAUCCUAUACUCAAAGCGAGAGCUCAUCUUUCUUUCCCCCUUUUUCCUAUUGAGCUUGUCUGCUCUUUCCUGUUCCCUGAGAUACUCUUCUUGUCUGUCUCUUGGCUUUGAGGAGAGCAUUCUGAGCUGACCAGGGCAGCUGGACCAGGAGUUAAUCUUGCUGAUGGUAUUAAUGAUAACUCUGGUGCUAAUGAGAUUCAAAACUAAAGGACUGGCUUAAGGCAGGAGAUUAAAUUAAGAGGGCAGAGAGUUCCUGUUUUCCCAUUUCUGUCCAGGUAGUGCCCAUCAAUGAGAGGCUACAAGCAAUACCCCUUUGAAAGGAGCAGAGAGUAUCUCUUUGAUACUCUCCAUGGCAGGGCUGGAGUGUCAGGCUACUGCAGCCCGAAGGCGGGGGUAGCGGGGGUGGACUAUGGAGAUGAGCUUACUGCACAGAGCUCUACUUGUUAAAGAUCUUGUCCAGAUGGGCCAAACUGCACAAAUCUGCCCUGUUGGAAGUCUCAAGAACAAUGCCCUGGAGACAGCCACAGCACUGAGCAAUAGAGCCUGCCCAACUGGGACUCAGAUCAGGCAUCAGCUGGUGCUGGGAGCCAAAGAAGCCAAAGUACCAACCAACAUAAUAGCCCAAAGGAGUCCACAAAGCUACUCAGAGGCAAUGCCAGGUGGAAGGUACUGUCCUUCUCUAUCAGAGCCCCCAAGUGGAGAAGGGAGACACAUGGUGUCAGCAACAAGUGCAAGUGGCUUUCAUUUUCCUCACCCCUUCCCACACAUAUACAGAGGAAGGAAGAUGGGAAAAUCGGGUCCCACUGGAAACAUCUGACACCUAGCAAUCCAUUUAAUCAUGACAUUCUUGAACUUGGACUCUUUUCACCACAGUGAAUUGGCAAGAGGUGAUAGAAGAGACUCACCUGAAGGUCACUUCCUUUUACCCUCAUAGUACUUACUCCUCCAGAGAUCUGGAGGAACUACUGGAUCCUACUUUCUGACUAAACCACAUAUGAAAGUGAUUUUAAGUUUUAAAACAGCAUAUUUUUUCCUUUUUUUAAAAAGUAAGCUUCACACCCAACAUGGGGCCUGAACUGAUGACCCUGAGAUCAAGAG